AAGAAAACAGCCAAUAGUCAUUUAGGAGUAGGCUAGCCACCCCGGGCAACUCGUUGGAUCACAUUUUAUGAAAAGAUGGUUGAAGCAAUCGAAAAUAACUAGAUUCAUACAACGAGCUGCAGAGCCGACACGCAAGGCAAUGUUGUGUUUGUGCAGAAUUCGGGAUUGAGGUUCUUAAAUUUAACAGCUACGUGAAUCGAUUAUCGUCAAUUAUAACGUGAAAGACAAUACAAUGCAGGAGGAGGUGGAGCGGGAUGAGUCACAGACUGAGCCCUCUGAAGAGUCAGGGUUCACUGGUGAGAGACGACCGAGUCUUAUAAAACUACGAGGGAUGUUGAGGAGAGUCUCCCAAAGUCCCUUCCAGAAACAGUACAAGAAUAUUAUCCAGUCCACAUCCAGUGAAUCUUCUGUAAAUGACUCUCAGAGUGAAGAGAUGGACAGGACUCCAUGGAAUCCGUUCCACUCUGGUUCAGAGAAUGGAGUCAAUGGGAAGUUUUCCAGAGACAAUCCGUUCUAUACCCAUUAUAAAGAGUCCCUUGACGGACGUGUGGAUGGGAAGGAAGACAGACGAGGCUCUAGUGAUCAUAGUGUGGCCCUGGGAGAAGCCGGCCUGUCCACCAUCUUUGCUCCGCCUCCCGAGUUUGACGGAGUGUCUCCGGACGUCCGGCUCGCCGACGGCCCGACAGAGGCCGGCGUCCCCAUCGAACGGCAUCCGGAAACCAUUGGUCCGUUGGAGGCCACGCCCUCUCAGUUGGACUUCCUGAAAAACCCGCCCCCCAAAAGAGUGGACCUAUUCCAAGCCCCUUCCACCAAUGAAGAAGACCCAUUCAGAGCUCCGUCCUGGAUAGAAGAAGACCUUUUUCAAACCUUGCCCACCAAGAAAGAAGAUCCAUUCCAAUCCCUGGCUUCCAAGGGAGAAAGUAGUUUUCAAGCUCCAGCCACUAACGGCGAUGAUUUAUUUCAACCCAUGGCCAGUAAAGUAGAGGACCUCUUCCACGUGUUUCCUACUAAGUUAGAGGACCCUUUCCAGUCCGUAAUCACAACAAGAGAUGACCUAUUCGGAACCCCAGCCUUCAGCACCAAAGACCCGUUCCAGUCGUCCUUGGUUGAAGAAAAUGACUUGUUCCGUGCCACACCCAUCACGCCAAGAGACGUGUUCCACACCCCUUCUGACAAAGCAGAGGACUUCUUCUAUGAUUUCCCUUCUAAGAUGGAGGAUCCUUUCCAAUCCACAUUUACAAAAGGAGAGGACCUUUUCCAAAGCCCAGCUCACUUCACAGAGGACCCGUUCCAAAAACGUUCCACCAAUGUACCUGACCCGUUUCCGGCAAGCCCCUUAGAGUCGAGUGACCCCUUUAGCACGCCAUCCAAUCAGACUCCAGACAUCUUCCACACCGCCCCUCCAAAAACACAGGGCUUUUUUCAUGUGACCCCUAAUGCGAAGGCCAGGCAGAAUACACCGUCAUUCCCGCCUCCCUCAGAGAAGAACUCGGACGUCCACUCCUCUUCUGAGAUGACUCACCAUCUCUUCAAGCUUUCGGCAUCUGACCCACAGCCUUCCAUCCACCCUGCACCCUCAGACAAACUGUACGAUAUUACUCUCACCACCCCUGACGGGACCAAACAUGACAUUGCCCAGCCCACUCCCACUAGCCUCAAACAUGGGACGCUCCAGGCCAGAUCCUUAUCGCCAACCCCAAAUGGAACUAUCCAGGUAAGCAGUGUCACCGGUCGACCCAAACCAGCACCUAGGACCAAAGUCCACAAGCAGUCAAACCACAAGGAGCCUGAUCAUGCAGCUCCUAGACCAGCCCCUCGUGUCAGCCACACUGCUAAGAACAGCACACCUGAGGGCGAAGAGGACCAAAACGUUUUCACAGACAUUCUGCUCAUAGGCCAGGAGAAGUGUGUGGAGGACUGGCCCGAGGACAGCCCAGAGCUGUGCUCAGACUGGAAACCAUCUGGCAAGUUCAGACUUCGACGAGAGUCAAUGAAGUUGGAAGUGGACUCUGACAGGGCAAGUGGAGAGGAAGAGAAUGGAUCUGGAAAACAGAGUAAACAUAGAAAGGGGAAGAAGUUCAUCUUCUCCAAAAUCUCCAGACGAGGGUCCAAGGAUAAGUUUACGGACGACGCAAACGGCAGGGAUGGCAGCUCCCUUCGAAGAGGGUCAAAGGAGGGCUAUCUUGAUGCAGAAACUCCCAAGAGAGAUGUCGAUCUCGAGGAGGAGGAACCGAAUAGAGAAAUGGAUGACCGCAAGCCGAGGAAACAUCUCAAACACAGGGUGAGCCAGCUGCUUCGCAGAGGAUCCAAGGAGCAUAAACGGGAGGACGUUUCAGGAAGUACCUCUUCCCGACGAUGUUCUGAGGACACCGGCCUGCACGAGGACGAGGAAGGAGAAGACGAGAACAGCGGGAGUACCGACCACGCGUUGAAGGCGAUAAAUAAAGUGAAGGUCAAGUUCGUGCCCCGGAGAGGUUUCUCGAUCAGCCGUGAAAAGGAGAAUCCUCAAGAUGAUCCCAAAUUCACACCUCGCAGAGGUUCCAAGGAAAAACCGGAGGAAGAAUUGAGCGGUGCUUGUGGGUAUACUCCGCAGAACCAGUCCCAGAAUGGUUUCCCGGAUGAUGGGUCUGCCCGGAAAGGUGCGGACCUCUUCUGUGCCAGGGCGAUGGACGAUGAAAACCUGGAUGGACCGAUGGAGGACAAACCAACAAAAUCAAACAAAUUAGAACUUCGACGCCCCAGUCGAAAAGGUUCCAAGAGUCCAGAUGAGUGGGCUCCAGAGAGCCCUCAGGACUUCUCGCGGCGAAGACACUCCAUGGAAGGUUAUCUUGACGAAGACCAUCUCCAGAAAGGUGGCAAACGCUUCGCGGCAGAACAGUGGAACUACGACGAGCAGAAUGGAAUGGAGGACUGCAAGCCGAAAACACCCUCCAAGUUCAAGUUCCCGACGCAACGGAAAUCCAAGGUUGUCCAGGAAACGUUCCGGCAGGAAGACAUGGCCGUCGUUCCAGGUGCCCUCACACCCCGGCGAUCGUCGACUGAGGGCUUCCUAGAUGAGGGCACUCCUCAGAAGGGUGCUCAUCUCUUCUACGCUGGGCAGAAUGUGGAAGACGAGGAGGAAGAAUACAAACCGAAGAAACGUACCAAAUUUAAAGGUGCUCUUAAAAAAUCCAAAGGAGAGAAGAGUCCGAGUAGAGGGGUGACUGGCCCGCCUGGAGCUACCUCCAGUGACUACUACCACUCAGAGGCUGCUGAGGCAGAGUGGUGCUCAGCCCAGAUGGACGGGCGGCUGGCAGGGGGUCUGGAGGGCGGAGGAGAAGAAGAAGAAGAGGAGGAGGAGGAGGAAGGGGACACCGACAGCUUGAUGGAGUGGUGGAACACUGUUGAACAAUGGGAUGAGCUACCCUCGGAUGAUGAAGACAAGAAUCUGGAAGUGGAUGAGACCAAGUCGUUCACCUCCCUGGCUGAGAAGGUCCACCGCGCCCUGUGCGUCUUCAACAAGCUCUACACCGAGCGCGCCGAGAUCCUCUGGCAGCACGUCAUGACGCUGGGCGCCAUCGCCGACGACAUCAGCAGCUUCCACCGGAAGGCCAAGAUCGGCAACAUCACCGGCGGCACCACGGCGGCCGUGGGCGGCAUGGCGGCCAUCGCCGGCAUCGCCCUGGCGCCCCUCACGUUCGGCGCCUCGCUCAUCGUGACGGCGGUGGGCGUCGGCGUGGCGGCGGCGGGCGGGAUCACGACGGCCACGGCGACCAUCUCGGACAACGUGAACAACAUGCAGGACCGCAAGAAGGUGGAGGUGGUGCUGGAGAACUUUGAGGCCAGGCUGGAGGACUUGGCCAGGGUGCUGAGGUACAUUGUGCAGGGCCUCUUCAAGCUCAGGGUACACCCCCUCCUUCGAGCUGGCACACAGCACUACUCUGGAGACUGGGAGGUGAGACGGGCCGUCCAGAUGGUCAGCCUCGUGGACCGUCCUGCUCUGCGAGCAGGGGAGGUGACUGAGAGCUUGCUGACGGCCGUGAGGUCCCUGUUCCAGGGCAUGGACAAGUACUUCACCAAGGACUCACGGGAGUUGAAGAAGGGAUGCAAGAAGGAGGUGGUGUCCCUGAUCAAGUCUCUGGCCCACCAGCUGCACCGGGGCCUGGUGGAGCUCAACGCCAUCCGGGAGGAGCUGCAGGAUGCCAGGGGGGGGCCGUGACAGGAAACAACCACAAUGCAGUAUGUCGUAGGCCUUCUGAAAUCGAAUAGAUAUCUCAUCCAGAGCUCAUUUUUGAAAUUUUAAAUAAUUCUGAAGCUUUAGAAGAACAAUAGUUCCCUUUUCAGAGAUAUUUUGCCGGGCACGGACUGUGUGCGGCUGUUGUCACUGCCAUUGCCAUGAGACGAGAUUUGUUACUGUGCUGGAAUGCCCUCUACUGGUCAAAUAAUGAAAUGCUUUUUGGAAAAUACUCAGACUGCUUUCAUGCAGGUUUUUUACUUUUAAGCAAAAAUGUUGUGGUAUCUGGAAUCUCGUUGUGUUAAGAUAUGGGGGGGGGGGGGGGGAAGAAUGAAAUAGUUUGGCAUGUUUUUGCACAGUUUAGAAAUAGACAUUAGACAUUUUUGCACAUUCCUUUGCACAAAUAUUGUUGAUGAUGUAAGCAGUGGCACAUGAUCCAGCAGCUGACUUUAACACAUUUAAUAGUGUAACUAGUGCCGUGUGUGUGUGUAAUUAUGUGUGAUCGUUAUGUUCCAUGUUGUGUUUAACUUUGAAUGUUGUCUGUAACUUAUACCACACGUUCUCUUAUGUAUGUUCACAGGCCAGUUAAGAGUCCUGGCAGAUUGCUUGAAUGUUCAUGCUUCAUAACAAAACAAAAAAUACAAUUUGAUACACAUUUGAAUAAAGAUUAAUAUUUUGAACUGA